UGAGAAGGCUCCUACCCUCUACAGUGAGAAGGCUCCUACCCUCUACAGUGAGGAGGCUCCUACCCUCUGCAGUGAGAAGGCUCCUACCCUCUGCAGUGAAAAGGCUCCUACCCUCUGUAGUGAGAAGGCUCCUACCCUCUGCAGUGAGAAGGCUCCUACCCUCUGCAGUGAGAAGGCUCCUACCCUCUACAGUGAGAAGGCUCCUACCCUCUGUAGUGAGAAGGCUCCCACCCUCUACAGUGAAAAGGCUCCUACCCUCUGCAGUGAGAAGGCUCCUACCCUCUACAGUGAGAAGGCUCCCACCCUCUACAGUGAGAUGGCUCCUACCCUCUGCAGUGAGAAGGCUCCUACCCUCUACAGUGAGAAGGCUCCUACCCUCUACAGUGAGAAGGCUCCUACCCUCUACAGUGAGAAGGCUCCUACCCUCUACAGUGAGAAGGCUCCUACCCUCUACAGUGAGAAGGCUCCUACUCUCUGCGGUGCUAGGUGA